AAUUAGCGUAUUCGUUUAAAAUGUGUUUACAUUUGUGAAAUAUUGUAAAAGGGUUUCAGAAUAUUAAUAAUGAAGUUUGAUUUUGAUCAGAAACUAACCGUGUUACCUCUUCAAAUAAUUGAAGAAUUUACAUUUCAAAAAUGCUUGCUGCCCAAAGAAAUUUUUACUAAAAACGAAUUACGCCCAGGUGUUUGGAUGAAAUGUUGUGUUGAAAGAACGGGCUUUGACACCUGCUAUUUUCUAUGUCAAAUUUAUCCUCGAGAUAUUAACGUAAAUUGUUGUUACCUAGACUAUGGAGUUGGCACUGCAACUCUUUUAGAAAAAGGAGGCAUAUUAAACAGCCUAGAAGCGAUAGAAUGCCAAACAGGAGAUAGUGGACAGGUUGCGGUAACGUUGGAAAUUAAUGAAGGUUUCUUUAAAAGUCGCCUACGCAAGUUGUCCACUAGCAUGUUAACUAUCGCCCUUAAGCAGAUAUUAACGCCACUUAAUUUAAUGAUAGGAUGUGUUGUGCGCAAUAAAAGUACUCGAAAUUUGGGGAUAUCUGCUAUCCAUAUUGACUCUUGUAUAAAUACAAAUGAAAAUUCACUUUUCCAAUUGGAUAGCCAAACACAAUUGUAUAUAAACAACAUAUAUAUUAGUGCCAAAUCGAAUGCAUCGGAAGUAAAGCAAUUUUUCAAACAUGGUUACGAAAUGGUUUGGAAAGAAAUUGAGGAUUUAUUGUGUAAUAGUAGGCUACGUGAUAUGCAAAUCGAAUCUAAUGGCAUUCGCCCGCAUCUAAACGCCCUUCUUAUCGGUGCACCAGGUUGUGGCAAAACAGCUUUACUGAAUGCAUUUGUCGAGCAGCAUAAAUGCAAUUGUUUUCAUAUUUCCACGGAAAAUGUUUUACACGAGUAUCCUGGUGAGGCUGAAGCACAAUUGCGCAAAGAAUUCGAAAAUGCUUUAUAUUUAACUAAACAUCUGAAAUCUAAAAAUCCUACGAUAAUUAUUUUCGAAAAUAUUGACUUGUUGUGUCCCGUCUCGAAUAAUACAUCUACCACGGAUGCAGCCAACUCAAAUCGUAUAUGCGUUCAAUUGGUUAAGCUACUUGACGAACUUCAUAAUUCGAAUGCUAGUAUAUUAUGUAUAGCGACUUCAUCGAAUCCAAGUGCCAUAAAUGCCAGCGUACGUCGACCUGGUCGUUUUCAACAUGAAAUCACCGUUGAUUGGCCGAAUGAGCCAACACGCAAAAUUUUAUUUAACGCUAUGUUCGAAUUCAGUCAAGCAAAACCAUUUCUGACGCCAAAGAAACUUGACGUUGAACUACUCGACUUAGUCGGCAAACGUACGCAAGGUUUUGUCGCAGGAGAUCUGGCGCUAUUGGUACAAAAUAUAGAACAAAAUCAAGUAAAGCAAGAGAAAGAGUUCGACAUUGCACAUUUCGUAAAGUUAGCACUGAAUAAUGUAAGACCUGCAGCGGUGCACACGGCCGAUGUUCGAGUAUAUAAAUUUGUGGACGGCUUCGAAACUAUCGGUGGUAUGAAUAAGCUAAAACGUACAAUGGAGGUUAGCAUUUUGGCAGGUCUGCGUAAACAAGAAAAGUUUAGAAAAUUCGGACUAAAAUUACCAAAAGGUCUGCUGCUAUAUGGCCCACCGGGUUGCGCGAAAACGACCUUUGCGAAAUGUCUAGCCAAAGAAGCGGAUAUGACGUUUAUUUCUAUAGCUAGCGCAGAUGUUUAUUCGCCUUACGUUGGCGCAGCAGAAAAGUUUAUUGUACGAAUUUUCGAUACCGCACGAAAAAAUGCACCUUGUCUUAUAUUUUUUGAUGAAAUUGAUACGCUGGCCGGUCGACGACCCAUUAGCUCAAAUAGUUCAAGUGAUGUGCAGGUACGUAUACUCUCAACGCUAUUGACUGAAAUGGAUGGCGUUAUAGACGGUUCGGAUGAGAACAGCCAGCAAAUACUCGUCGUGGCAGCUAGUAAUCGGCCAGAUAUGAUUGAUGAUGCAUUACUACGGCCUGGCCGUUUAAGUAAACAUAUAUAUGUGCCAGCACCGGAUUUACAGUCGCGUAUAUCCAUUUUACAGUUAAUUGCGAAACGUAUGCCCUUUGCAGCAGAUGUAAAUAUAAAAAAAAUUGCCGAAGAAACAGAGCUUUACACAGGCGCCGAUAUGUGCAAUCUUUGCAAUGAGGCUGCAUUGUUAGCCUUUGAAAGAUUGAGUGUGGAUAGUAGUGAAGAUGAUUAUAAAAUUAACGCGAAAGAAUUUGAUUUUGCUUUGAAAAAUUCGAAAUCUUCACUCUCGACAAAUCAGCUGAGCUUGUAUACGAAAUUUCAAAAGAAAAUCGAGGCAAAAUCAGGAGAAUAGCGGAGUAUACUUGAAUUGCUUUAACAAAUAUUUACAUAUGUAAAUACAUUUUAAUUGGUUGUUAAAAUAAAUGCAGGCAAGGAUGUGCAUAUUUAAUGUUAA